CAUCUCUUUAGUUCAACAGAAAAAGUGUCAGACAGCAGCAUGCUGCCACCAAACCUACUGAUCGUGUCGAUAGUCAUCCUUCUGGCAACUACAGCAUCUACGACACCUGUGGAGGAGAAGGAGGUGGAGGAGGUGGAAACGGAGGCCACAGAGAUGCUGGAGGGGGAGGUGUCUGAGGAGGAGGAGGGAGCUCAGCAGACCACCGUGUCGGCAGCGGCAGCCGGAGGUUCAGUUUCCAGUGGUCAUUCUCCAGAGAUGGGGUCUCAUGUAGGGGCAGCAGGAAGCUCUGCAGGUCACGGAGGUGAUCUCUCCUCUGUCGAUUUAGCAGCAGCUGGACAUCCAAGCAGCUCCUCAGGUUCUGAAGGCUCCACGGGUUCCGCAGCCUCUGUAGGCUCUGCAGGAUCUGCAGGUUUUGUGGACUCAGCAGGAUCUGCAGGUUCUCCAGGGUCUGUAGGCUCCAUGGGUUUUGCAGGUUCUGUAGAUUCUGCAGCUAUUUUAGACUCAGGAGGAUCUCCAGGUUCUGUAGCAGCUGAAAUCUCUGGUGUUUCUGCAGGUCAAACUCACCCAGCAGGAUCCGAGCGCCUACCAAGUCCAUCUAAAACAGACAUGAACGGUCCUGGUGGAAUAGACUCAGAGAAUAAUGGUAAUGGACAGAAGCUGCUGAACGGUGGAGGAGGUGGAGCCGGAGUCGACAGUCACACUGGAAUCGUUGAUCCGUCCAGUCAUGACUUCCUGCUCAACCUCAUGGGUGGUGGUUUGGUGGAUCCUUUCAGUUCAGAUGCUCACUUAAAUAUUCCAGCUCACUUGACCGCACCGCCUCACCAUGAGUUCUCAGGCCCUGGAGAGACAGCAGCGCCACCUGGUGGACAGAACAUCCCAGACUCGCCUGCAGAUUCUUUGUAUCACACUGUAGGAAGGGUUGACCAAUCAGGCGCAGGCGGCACCUCGCUGACAUCCGGAUCUGACCAAUCACUGGCCAGGCCUUUCCCAGGUUUCUCUCAUUCUGCAGUUUCCUCAACAUCUUUAAUAGACAAUGGCAACGGAGAUCACCAGCAGCAGACAAAUGGAGAAGAAUCCCCUGACAAUAAUGGAAACGGUAGACAGACUGUGCUGACAGACAUGAAUGGAGAAGUGACAGAAAGAAUGGUUUCUCUCCAUGAUGUUAACACUCAGAGCCUGCAAAUGCAAACUGAUCUCACAGGUGGAACAGAGUCUGUCACCCGUCUUCAUGUUGACUUCUUAAAUUCAGGUCUCGGCCGUGAUGUCACAUAGUUGUCUCCCAUCACUUUGAGCAUAGAACCUGCAGCUGCCGUCACCAACACGCUGAGCCCAGUUUCAGGUGUUUAUUCCAACACAGAUCAGGUUACUGUGCCAGCAGACUCCACAGGUACAGACACAGUUACAGCACAUCCAACAGGGACUCCAUUUGACUCCAGUCAUCUAGCAGGGACAGAUCACUCACAAAUGGCUGGUUCAGUCACUGAACAGUACAACCCAUCUGGUCAGGGUCCUGAAGGUGCUGAAAAUGUGGAAUUGGAGGAUACCUGCUGACUUCCACAUCAAGCCCCGCGUGCGGUUUAUCCGUUUUCAAAUUCCGUGUACCGACCAAUCAGCAUGGCCCAGGAAUUCUGACUCCACCCACUAGUUGUAGACCCCGCCCCCAACAAAUGAGAAAUGUUCCCUUUUGUUGUUUAAAUAUUUAAAAAACGAAUGUUUGUGGACGUUUCAAAAGGUUUUCUUUUGUUUUAGACCAUCUUUGGGUCUGCUCCUUUAUCUACCACUGGGGCACGAUCCGGCUAGACGUGAGGACGGAGGAUUAAGUCGCGUCAAUAAUUACUGACGAGAUAAGUGUGUGAAAAUAAAGAAAAACCACUCGCUGGUCAUUUCCCAAGCUGGAAUGUAACAUGACGACUCAUUACUUGCCUCACAUCUUUUUUAAUGGUGGUGGUGAAGAGCCACUUAAAGGGGAAUUAAAUUAAUAAGAAUAAUUCAGGUGAAUCUCGAUCGUCUGAUUGCGUAUUAAUGGCGUCAAACAGGAUGUGGUUGUAAAUUGUGGUUUUGAACUUCAACAAUAAAAGCUUUGUCUAUUUUGAACAUCAAAUUGUUGCCUUUUGUCCCACUACUGUACAUGGAAGUGAAAUAAUCACUCGCUGUGCAGCUGUGUUCAAAACAAUUUAUUGAACAAAAGUUUUGCAACCAGAAUACUUCAACAUUCGACCCUCCUCUUCCCAACAUGUAGAGAGCCGUCAAGAAAAUUAAAGAUGGAUGGCUUAUUUGUUGGAAUUAAAUGCAAAAAUCAAAUAAAGUCAAUAUAUUAUUCGCGGCGGAUUUUACAUGGCAGAGCUUCCUGUCUACAGCGUCUGACAAACCUGUAGCGCAUCUGAGGACCGACGCAUCAGGACAUCAGGAGCCACCUCACUGUCAGAGACUUGUGCUUGAUACAUUUAAACUGAGAAUUUAUUGUAGAUCAGAUUAAAUCUAAAAUGUAUAAAUCAAGUCAAUAAUUUAUAAUCUAUAUUUUUGUUUCAUAUGCAUUUGAUAUGGAGCAAGUGUUUUGCUUAAAGUGUUUUUAUUUAGAUUACUGUGGUUUACAGCAAAUGAAAUCCCGAAAUUCAGGUUCUCUGAAAAUGUGAAUGUUAUAGAAGAGCAACAGAAGCAGUUUUAAUCCAAACAUAUUAUGUUGAUCAAGCCUAAAAAUGGAAAGUUGGGUGGAAGGAAAAAGUAUGGUAGAAGGUGAACGAGCAACAUAAUCUAAUACAGGUGUAAUAAGGAAGCGAAGCAAAGUCUAAUCAAGAGUCUGCUUGAGAUUAAUUUCAGAGAACUCAAUGAUUUUAUCUGCUGCUAACCUUCAAGAUGAUGAUUUCAUUGGGAUUUAGUCAUUAAUACGCCUGCAAACUGACCUCACCCUCACAGAGAAUCUAUCGGCUUCUGUCAAAUUGGGAGAUGAAAUGCCAGACUCAACAAUGCAGAUAAGUUGAAAACCAAGUUUAAAACGUCAUCAGCACCUCCAUUCUAUGCCGCAUUGAUUCAGUAAUUCAUGCAAAAUGAGUCUCAACCAGCCACUGACUGCUGAUGUUUCAGUUUGCCUGAACUUCAGGAUCAAACGUCCUUUUUUUAAAUUGUAACUUAAUAUUCUGAGAACCUGAAUUUUUGUUUUCCAUUAGAUGUUAGCCGCUGGAAAUAUAUCUUUGUGUGUAAAGAAUACUCAUAAGUUUAUCCUUUUGAAGUGAACCAACUUUUCAAUAAUUAAGUUAUUAAGAUUUGUAUUUGUUCAGUUGUAGCAUUUCCACACCUGAUAAGGUUUUUGAGCCUAUAGCUCUAGAAAGACAGUGGAGUGUUGAUGAAGUUAAGAGUGAGGAAAAUGUGCCGUAUAUUCUUCAAUAAAGUUGCAAUCUCAUGUUUUCUUAAUGUGCAGCCCUUGUUUCAAACACACAUCUUUGCUAUUGUAAUAUAUUAAACCUGCACAAUCCCAGCCAAACUUUCCUUAUACAUUUUAAAUAAAGUAACUUCACUUUAAGCUCUAAUAAUCCUUCCGCAGCUGAAGUUGGAAGUUUAUUCAAAUAAAAGAAACGUGAGUAUAAAAGGUAAAUCCAUGCUUGAGACUGUGAGUACAAACAAUCUCGGAUAUGUUUCAUUAAAACUGAAACGCGACACCUGAUGUCCUGAAGUAAGUUUUUGCCAUAAAUCUGAUCUGGUUCUGGCAACACUGGACCCAACAAAAGUACCAUUACACAGAAAUGCCCCCACUCUAAACUCACUUUGGGAAAAUGGGUCCAAAAUGUAGAAAACUGAUGGAGCUGCUGACAAACUAAUGUGUUUUAGACCAGACGGAGAAACCUUCUAAGAAAAGUAAACAGUGAUUUAACCUAGCUUGUUUUCUGUGAGCAAGUGGUCCAGUUAAAACUCUCCAGCAUAACAAACCUCUUGCUAAAAGUUUUUCAUCUUAUUUUUGUUUUGGAGAUACUUUAAGUUUCUGUCAAAACUCCAGCACUAUCAGGAGUAGGCAUGGGCCGGCUACCGGUUUCAGAGUCUACCAAGGUUUUAAAAAGCUGCGGUUCCAAAAAACCGUUGAGAUUUUCCACCAUCUUGUUCCUUCCUAAAAGCUCAGAAAAUACCAAAAAUGCCAGAAUGUUCUGACUUAUUGCUGCGCUCUCCUGGUCAUCUAUUAAAACUCUUGCAUCCUUUCCACUUCCCACUCGCAAAAACACUGACAAAAGCUACAAUAUUCAGCACAACAAGCGUUUCAAAAAUC